AUGUCAACAGUCCGGAUUGGUGAAGAAGAUAAGCGCCUAAGUUCUGUCACAUUAGCGUUGAAAGUUUGUCCGCAGGAGGUUGUCGCUGUGGCACUCGCGAGGGUUGCGUCGACAACCACGACGGUGUCCGCCAGUCGCUUUAGUAACAUCCUGAUAAUCCAACCCCAGUCUGCAAUCGACCAGGACGAUAUCCGUCCGUAUUCUCCACGGAUAUGCUGCCUUUGCCAGACGGAUAGAGUACAUGUACACGCUUCCUUCGACCGAGAGACAGUCUCCCCUCAAACAAUCCAGAUGCUUUUAUUUCAAUUCCGCCAUAUUCUUACCCUUCCCCGGAGAUCCCCGGACGUCACUGUCUCGCGUCUCCAGAGCAUCAGGCCGGAGGAGGCGGAGCAGCUCAACUGCUGGAAUGCAGAUGUCGACAUCCGCCGUGAACAGCUUCUUGCCAACCGUCACACCGACGAACGAUGUUGCCAAACCCGCUCCUCGCCUGCAAUCUGCGCCUGA